GUUUGAAAACUAUACUUGACCCAGUUAAAAUAUUUCAGGCGUGCGAUUAGCGGCUGGAGGAGAGCAGGGUCUCAGUCCGCUGGGGUUUGCCUCCUUUUAUGCUCCACCAACACUGGAAAAAAAAUUAAGAGUGUUUUCAACCUUGAGCAUUGAAGAUAUUUCGUUUUAGUUUGUUUGAGAUGGAUAUUGGAGCAAAGUUUGAUGAUUCUUUGUUUGAAGUCGCUGACGAGUCAAGACUUCAAAAAGUGAUUGAAGAUGAAAAGAAUUGCUGUAUUCGGGAGCCACUUUGGUUUGUAGAUGCAGAUCCAGAGGGGUUGGACAAAGAUCAAGAGCAGAUGCAGUUGUACAAGUCCCAGGGAGACUGGUUGUAUUACAACAAAGACCAUGAAGGAGCAGCAAGGAAAUACCAACAAGCCUUAGGUAUCUUGCCUAAGGGCAAUGCAACUGUUAAGCGUGACCUCUUAGAGUGUAUAUCAUGCUGCCAUAUUGCUUUGGGGCAUGAGAAUGAAGCUCUGAAGUAUGCACACUUGUUGAGAGAUGAAGGAACCAAUUUUGAGCAGCAAACAGUUAUAUUGAAUCUUUUGAAAUCAAUUCACCAUCAGUUUGGGAAUACAUCUGGUGAACUUAUUGUCUUGGAAAAACUCCUGAGUCUUCAUCCAUACAACCAUCAUCUUUGGAUAGAGUUGGCUGAGGUCUUCAGAAUCAAACAGUCUCAAGAAAGUGAAAGUGAAAGUGACAAUUUAAAAUUGGCAGCAGGAAACAAAAAUGAGGCAUGUGUCUGUCACAACCAGUUCAACUCAGAAACUGCUGAAAGGAGCAUUAGUGAGAGAGGUGCCUCAGACAUUACUUCUAAUGUUUUGACAGAAACAGUUGGCAGUGGCUUAUCAUUACAGGUGGAGGGAAGAUGUAUACACUGCCCCCUGUGUUUAGGAAUUAUCAUAACAAAAAACGGGUCUGCUACAAUGAAAGUCAGCAAAGACAUAAUUCCAGAAGUGGCAAAAAUUCAUAAUACAAACUAUUGCACAAGCUGUUUUUCUUCUGGUGAUCAAGGGAUUUGUGAGUGUAAAUGUUUUUGUAACCUCACAAAAUGUCUGCUGCCAAGUGUGAAGACUGACCUGGUCAUAGCUGUUUGCCUUAUCAGAGCCAGAUUGCUUUUGCAAAGUGUACAGACCGCUGUUGCCUCAUUUGGGAAAGAGAAACACAAGGAACUUUUGGUAGAGAUAUGUCAGAAAUUGAAAUCAUUAGAUGUUUCACAGGAACAAAUGGAUUAUGCAGUGAAAUUCCUAAGCCAGGAUGUGUACAAGAAAGAGAAAGAGGAGUGUAAACCCCUAGAAGACAGUAAACAGUCCAUUCUGAUCUUAGAUACAGAUCCAGUACAGUGUGCAAGAGACUUCAACCAAACUUGGUUUUCUUGGCUCAAACAGAAAUGAACAUUGGCAGUCUAGUUUUACUUGAAGUAAAUGAGGUGUGGUAUUCUUUGACCUUGUGCUUAUUAAUACCACUCUAGCUGUUCAAUUAUUAGAAGUAUUAUAGGGCUCAAACUAUGACAGAAAAUGUGUAUGAUGAAGGCAUAUUGAUAUGUACUUUCUACACUUAAGUUAAAUUUAUUUCUUCCUUCUAUUUGACUUAAAGAUACUUGGGAAUUAACUGUUGAAAUUUUAACAGUGAUGGUUAUUUUUAUUGGAAAUUUUUAUCACUUAAUUUGAUCUAGUGGUAUAUUGCCUGAUUUACAAGCCAAAAAUGUGAUAUCAAUAAUAUAUAAGCUGCUUUGCAUAAGACUGAUUGAAACUGUUAUUUUUCAUGUAUUCAGAUAUUGUAAAAAUCGGACUCGUACUUCAGUCCAUUCUCACAUACCCUCACGCAUCGUGACUUACCUAAUCAAUAUAACAAGAUGGUAAGAAUUUAUAAAAUUUAAAUUAUUUUUGAGGCAAAACUUGACUAAGAAGUGCUUCUGGUAUACCUGCACAUUUGAAAAUGUCACAGUGCUUGAAAUAUCUAUUUGCUCAUUCAUAACUGUCUCAGACAAGGAACUGUUUCUUUGGCAAUACUGCCAAACCUGUUUCCAUGGAUGUGACAUUUUUUUCUUUCUUUUUUGGUUUUGAUCUUUGAUCUUUUUCUCCUUUCAUGCGAGGCGUCUUAGCCGGUAUUUUGUCAAAAAUCAUUGGCAAAAUGAUAAAAAAAAUUAGAGUGAAUGUAGUCAACGAGUGUAUGAUUAAUGUGUUAGCACAGCCAUUUAAGCAUCUCCCUUUUUGUAAAUGAAAUCAUUAUAAGUUUGCUGCGUUUAGUUAACCACUUUAGUGUACACAAUGUCUUAAUCUAAAUUGCCAGUCACUUGAGCUAACUCAAGAUAAUUCCUUGCUCAGGGUUGAGUACAGACUAGUGAAAUUAGACUAUUUGAUAAUUUGUAAAAAGAAAAUACAAUAACUAAUUUCUUCAUCCAUGUGUACUGUGAACUCGUCCUCAUACUCUUCAUCUCCUCUCUUCUCAUGCAGGUGAGUGUAGAACACUUCCAACCUGCCCUCUAGGUUUUUGGGGAAUACUUGGCUUUCCGAUGUCUUUGCUCUUAAAGACGGUCCUUGCCUUUCCACAAGUUGCGACACCCAUUCCUGGGAUGCCUUGAAAUCCAGUUCCUUUUCCUUUGCCAGGACCAAUGCCUGUUGGCAGAUAUUGUCCACAGACACUGGCAGCUGAAGGUCACAUUGCUCUAAGACCAUUUUAAUGGGUGAUGUGUUUCGUCAGUCUACUUGCCAAGGAGGCAUUCCCUAAAAUCUUGAUGUUACGUUUUGUAAUCUUGUCAAUAUUUUGGUAACCUUUUCUCUACUCUUAAAUGGCCUUUAGAAGGGCUGUUGGUAGUGAAAGAGCUCUGCUGGUUUUACCAGUAGACUUCUGUUUCUUCCAAGGCCUUUUAAUAUUCUCAUCAUCUUAACACUGUGAGAAGAAAAUGUCAAAAGACGUUACUUCCAUGCAGCCCUCACAACUCUUGGAUUGUUGCUGCCUUCCCUUGGCUUCAGCUGUAAUCUUGCCUCCACACAUCACAAAGCAAUAACAAACCUCAGAGGUUUUCUUAAGGAAAUGACCCACAGUUUUAAAAUUUUGUGUAGUGGAUUUCAGGUCCUAUUGAGACUUCGAAGCUGACAUGAACACGAACAUAAGCAAAUAUAGAUCUAAACUUUUAUUAGUCCUAAACAAAGGACUACAACACAAUAACACAACUUGUCAUAAUGUCAUCAAGAACACAUUAAUUUCCAAUGUCAUGUAAAAUAGAACCAAAACCACAAGUAUCCCCUGUGCUUCUGUUAUAAAACUUAGCAAAUGUGGUACUGUUUGACCAUUCUGCUGUCCUAAUCACUGUUGCAAGAGGUACUUUAGCUGCAAAAGCUUUACUUGUUGAAGCAGCUCUUGUGCUGUGUGAUUUGAAAAUAUUUAUAUCUAUUCCAGCUUUAAACAUGACUGCCUUAAUCCACCUUGAAAUUGUAGCUUUACUAACAGGUGCAUUAGGUCUAGUGUAACUAAUAAACAACUGUGAACAGCCAGAAUGCCUAAACAAUCUAGUUCUAUCUAAAUAUU